CGGGGCGGGGGACUCCGGAAAAACGCCCCGACUUCCUGCCCCGCCAGAGCCAGGAAGCGGGAGCCGGGACCCAGGGCCCGGGAUCGCCGAGCCCGACCUCGGGCGCCCCGCCGGUCACCUCUGCGCGGACACCAGGUGAGGGACGCGGUCCUCAGCGGGUGUCAGACCCUGACUCUACACGUCCUUCCUGGCAUCCCUGGCCGUGCACACCGCCACGUCCCCCGUAAGGAUUUAGGGCCCGCAUGAGACCUGCCACAUCCACCCCUGCAGAGCCCAGGGAGAUGGAAGACGUCGCCGGAGGGGUGGCCCCAGGCCCCCUACGGGUUGGGGUGCCCAUCAGCAUCAUUGGGGCUGAGGAUGAGGAUUUUGAGAACGAGCUGGAGGCGAACUCAGAAGAGCAAAACAGCCAGUUCCAGAGCCUGGAGCAAGUGAAGCGGCGCCCGGCCCACCUCAUGGCCCUCCUGCAGCACGUGGCCCUGCAGUUUGAGCCAGGACCCCUGCCUUCUUGGCAGAUGCCAGCAUGCAGUCAUUUAGAGUUGGUGCUUGGGAGAAAGCUGUUAGCCAUCCCAGGUCUGGGGGGCACAGCAGGCCCUGUUCUGGAAACAAGAAAACCACCACACGCAGCUCACAAGGGAGACCGCAGGAUUGUGGAUCCAGAAGCCUCCAGAUGAGGCAGAAGAUACCUGGGAGACGAGGAUGGACAACUGUGCCAUCCAGAAACACCCGCAGAGUCUAGAAAACCCAGCAGGUGAUGUAGAGAAGCCACAGUGCUGGCUGGCAGGGGAUCUGUAGACAAGGGUCUCGUCCCAAGAAGGCCCAGUGCAGCCCAGCACAGCACAGCACAGGAGCUGGGGACAGGCCAAGGCACUGCACCAUGUGGACGUGCUUAGUGGGCCCCUCCAGAAAGGAAACUGAUAGAGUGAGAAGCGCCUGAGGCACACAGAAAGAACGUUGGCUGCAAGACCAGAGGUUGGUCCUCCUGACGCCAAAGCGUCAGAAAUUGCAGUCUUUCCCCAUCUGCAUUCUCUUCCAGAAGAGUGGCUCCCCAACAACCAUGUGCUUGGAGACUCUGACCCUCUGAGCAAGGGGGUCCCCCAUUCAAGCCUUGGGGUUUCUACAACACCAGAUCCUGGACGUCAGCCCAGGGAUUGUGCUGACUGCCAUGUUCUGUUACAGAUGUGGAGCUGAGGCCUCGGGAGGGUCAGGGACUUGUUGGAGGUGACCGUGGCAGCCUCUGGGCAAUUUUUUUUUUUUUUUUUUUUUUUUUUUUUUUUUUUUUUU